AAAAUAUAAAUCUCAGCAACAAGGCUGCAAGUGCUAAAUCUAAUCUAGUGUUGAUCUCUUUGUUCGUAUUAAUAUUUUGUUGUUGGUGUGUGCGCUCUGAAAAUGUCUGAGUUGUUGGAAAAAGCCAAGAACUAUGUGGCUGAGAAAGUGGGUCAUGUGAAGAAGCCAGAGGCAGAAGUCACAGAUGUGGAUUUCAAGACGGUGAGCUUUGGAUCUGUUGAGUACCUUGCAAAAAUCUCUGUGACCAAUCCCUAUGGAGUUGACCUCCCCAUCUGUGAUAUCACUUACAACCUCAAAAGUGUUGGCAGGGAGAUUGUAUCUGGAACUGUACCAGAUCCUGGUUCCAUAGAAGGAAAGGACAUUACUGUGCUUGAGGUACUAUUAAAGGUGCCACAUAACAUAUUGUUGACCUUGGCAAAAGAUAUUGGAGCAGAUUGGGACAUUGAUUAUGAGCUGGAUAUAGGCCUCACCAUUGACCUUCCUGUCUUUGGCAACUUCACCAUACCACUUAACAAGAAGGGAGCGAUCAAGCUUCCCAGCCUCUUCUGAUCCAUAUGACCUUUGAGAUUCUAUGGCUUUGGUUAUAUUCUGUAACUUUUCUUUUGUUGUUAAUACAAGUACAUUAAGAAAUGGACUGUCUUUGCUCAGCAACCCCCUGUUUUUUGGGUGGGUGUAAUUCAGUUGGUUGAGCUCUUUCACCUCUAUCUAUGUAUGUAUGCAGAAGUUCAAAAUUCCCACACACCCAUGGGUAUUUGUGUAAACCCUCUCUCCAAUCACUUGUACUAAAAAAAUAUAUUGAAUUUUUUUUUUAAUGUUUA